ACCGAACCGGGAACUCCUGCGUCCCAGAACAAAUCCCAAAUACGAAAGUAUCGCGAAAGCUACUGGGGUUCCACCAAGAAGAAAGAAAAGUCCCUUACGUCACCUCCAUCACCCCAUACACAUGGGAUACUCUUAUAACUCAAUGGUAUUCACGGGUGAAUCGUGCUUGUUUAAUUUGUCAUACGCCAUCAGCCUGAUGUGUACCUAUGGACCUGCGCUCACUUACACUAUAUCGAAUCGUCUGCUCCAAUGCCAGCGUGGUUGGUGAAUGUCGGGUUGGGGGAAAUUACUAGCUUCAGCGCAGCUCGUAAGGCCACCAAGAUGGCUACUGGGUUCCCGUUUUCUUCCCUUCACCAGAGCGUGGGAUUACUUGCACACCGCCAAUCGUUUUCCGCUCAUCGUGGUUCUGGGCGAGUUUCGUAGAUACGCGCUUCAGGGUACAUUUGCUCUCACAGGAGUCUCAGCCUCUAAAUUGCCAGUAUCUCGUCCUCCUCGCUAUGAGGUCGAUGACUCCCCUUUAUGGGUUCACGCAUCCCCACCCGCCUUCGCACAUCGUUGCUGUGCCUUGGGAAAGAGCAUCAAGAGAUUUAGGUGCGACCGUCGCUGUGUCAAUUUCCGCAAUGUAGAAGGGUAUCUAGAUGAUUUCCAGAUGACAGGAGUCUGGUCGCGACGAACCAGGCUGGCAUCAGGAGCACACCGCUAGACUUCUAACUAAUUUUGAACAUGCUUUCCCAAGCCUCCUGGGAUAUCGCAUACUCAAAAAGCCAACUCACAAGCUCCGCAUGAGUGGCACACUAUAGGAAAAACAUAGUCAGCACGAACAACGUAGUGUUAUUGAGACACACUUCAGCUUCCAUCUCGAAUCUUGC